AUCAUCGCCCCGGCAAUUCUACCUUCAAACCAAAAAGCCGGAGCUCUGAUGCUUCAUCAGAUUCCUAGAAGUCCAUUUCAGCCUCAAACCCAUACCCCUCCGUCAAAACCUCUCCCAAUAACCCCACAAAAUCCAUUAAACCAAUCAAGCGUUGAACACAACUACAGAAAUAUCUGCAACCUUCUCCUCUCCAUAACCCACUCAAGGUCUCUAUUCAAGGGCUUACAGCUCCAUGGUCACAUCGUCAAAUCAGGGUUCUUAACCAUUCAUCUCGUUUGCCACCACCUCAUCAACUUCUACUCGAAAUCCCAACUGCCACACUACUCCCGCCAAGUUUUUGAAGAAACCCCAGUAAAAUCUUCCACCACUUGGAGCUCUGUGAUCUCCGCAUUUGCCCAAAAUGAGCUUCCUUCGCUGGCUAUCGACUUUUUUCGUCGGAUGCUGGAUAAUGGGGUUCGACCCGAUGACCAUAUAUUCCCGAGCGCGACCAAGGCGUGUGGGAUUCUUUCGCGGUGUGAUAUUGGGCAAUCGGUACAUUCGUUUGCUGUGAAAACUGGGUAUGAUUGCGACGUGUUCGUGGGAAGUUCUAUGGUUGAUAUGUAUGCAAAGUGCGGGGAAAUUGGAGAUGCUAGGAAAAUGUUUGAUGAAAUGCCGGACAGAAAUGUGGUUUCUUGGAGUGGAAUGAUAUAUGGGUAUUCCCAGAUGGGUGAAGAUGAGGAGGCUUUGAGGCUGUUUAAGCAAGCUUUGAUAGAGGACUUAGAUGUUAAUGAUUUUACUUUUUCCAGUGUUGUUCGGGUUUGUGGCAAUUCAACGCUUCUCGAGUUGGGGAAGCAGAUACAUGGGUUGUGCUUGAAAACGAGCUAUGAUUCAUCAAGCUUUGUGGGCAGCUCUCUGAUAUCCCUGUAUUCAAAAUGUGGAGUGAUUGAAGAUGCGUAUCUGGUUUUCCAUGAAAUACCAAUCAGGAAUCUUGGCAUGUGGAAUGCAAUGUUGAUUGCUUGUGCUCAGCAUGCCCACACAGAGAAAGCCUUUGAUCUGUUUAAACAGAUGGAAGGUGUUGGGAUGAAACCGAAUUUCAUAACCUUUUUGUGUGUGCUUUAUGCUUGUAGCCAUGCGGGGCUAGUUGAGAAAGGGCAAUUCUACUUUGAGCUAAUGAAGGAGUAUGGGAUCGAGCCUGGAGCUCAGCACUAUGCUUCCAUGGUGGACCUACUUGGCCGCGCUGGAAAAUUGAAGGACGCAGUUUCUAUUAUCAAGAAAAUGCCCAUGGAGCCAACAGAGUCUGUCUGGGGAGCUCUACUGACAGGAUGUCGAAUCCAUGGAGAUACAGAGUUAGCUUCUUUUGUAGCUGACAGAGUCUUUGAAUUGGGCCCUGUGAGCUCAGGCAUACAUGUGCUAGUAUCGAAUGCCUAUGCAGCUGCUGGAAGGUACGAGGAGGCAGCCAGAGCCAGGAAGAUGCUGAGGGACCAAGGCGUGAAGAAGGAAACAGGGUUGAGUUGGGUUGAGGAAGGAAACAGAAUCCACACAUUUGCUGCUGGUGACAGGUCUCACCCUUACACCAAAGACAUUUACAAAAAGUUGGAAGAAUUAGGUGAAGAAAUGGAACGAGCAGGUUAUAUAGCAGACACCAGCUUUGUGCUGCAAGAAGUGGAUGGUGAAGAGAAGAACCAGACAAUCAGGUACCAUAGCGAGAGACUAGCGAUUGCAUUUGGGCUCAUCAGCUUCCCACCUGAGAGGCCAAUCCGGGUCAUGAAAAAUUUGCGAGUUUGUGGUGAUUGCCACACUGCCAUCAAGUUUAUGUCCAAGUGCUGUGGAAGAACUAUCAUUGUUAGGGAUAAUAACCGGUUCCAUCGAUUUGAGGAUGGAAACUGCUCAUGCCGUGAUUACUGUUCCAGCAGUCACGAUGUUCUUCAGCCUCUACAAGAAUUUGAAAUUUUACUCUGUUUCAUGUGGAAUGCUGUUUUCCAUCUGUGGAAGAAUAUGGGCAAGGUGCCUCUCUCUGUGAUCUUCAGGGACACAAGGAAUGUUUUUAAGAAGGAUGAGCUCGGUCUUGAGAUAGCACAGAUUGCAUUCCCGGCAGCAUUGGCUUUAACAGCAGACCCUAUUGCUUCUCUAAUUGACACAGCAUUCAUCGGUCAUAUAGGUGCUGUGGAGCUGGCUGCUGUAGGAGUCUCCAUUGCUGUGUUUAAUCAAGUAUCGAGAAUUGCCAUUUUCCCCCUUGUCAGUAUUACAACUUCUUUUGUUGCGGAGGAAGAUACCGUUGGAAGACGGACAAAUGAAAAUUUGGAAAAGGGUUUAGCUAUAGACAAUGAAAUGGAAGAGUUGAUACCGCAUAUUGAUUCUAUGCACAAUUCACCGUCCAGAACUGUAAAUAAUACAAAAAAUAUGGAAUUUGAGCAUGAGAGAAGGCAUAUCCCAUCAGCUUCAUCAGCAUUAGUGAUUGGUGGUGUGCUUGGCCUCAUCCAAGCUCUGUUCCUUAUUUUUAGUGCAAAAUCGAUUCUCAACUUCAUGGGUGUAAAUUCUGGUUCUCCAAUGCUAGCACCAGCAAUGCAGUACUUGACAUUGAGGUCACUUGGAGCUCCUGCUGUUCUUCUCUCUUUGGCCAUGCAAGGGGUGUUUCGAGGAUUUAAAGAUACAAAAACUCCUCUAUAUGCUACCAUACUGGGAGAUGUGGCGAACAUCAUUUUAGAUCCGAUCUUGAUGUUUGUAUUUCGCUUAGGUGUUAGUGGUGCAGCCAUUGCCCAUGUAAUUUCUCAGUACCUAAUCUCAGUGAUACUCUUGUGGCGAUUGAUGAGAAAAGUUGAUCUCCUACCUCCAAGCAUCAAAGAUCUACAACUUGGUCGCUUUCUUAGAAAUGGAUCCCUGCUAUUAGUGAGGGUAAUAGCUGUGACAUUCUGUGUGACACUGGCCGCAUCUUUGGCUGCCAGGCUGGGAUCAACCUCCAUGGCUGCAUUCCAGGUUUGUUUGCAGAUCUGGCUGGCAACCUCUUUGCUUGCUGAUGGGUUGGCUGUCGCUGGACAAGCAAUCCUUGCAAGUGCAUUUGCCAAAAAGGAUUAUGACAAGGCAACUGCUACUGCUUCUCGUGUACUGCAGUUGGGUUUGGUUUUGGGCUUGGUGCUUUCUGUCUUCCUUCUAGUUGUGUUACAGUAUGCAUCAAGAGUAUUUACCAAAGACGUCAAUGUUUUGCAGCUAAUGAAUCUAGGCAUUCCGUUUGUUGCAGUGACUCAACCCAUCAAUGCUUUAGCUUUUGUAUUUGAUGGAGUCAACUUUGGAGCUUCCGAUUUUGCAUAUUCUGCCUGUUCUAUGGUUUUGGUAGCAAUAGUGAGCAUCCUGUGCUUGUUUAUUCUAUCCUCAAGUCUCGGUUUCAUCGGUAUUUGGAUUGCUCUAUCCAUCUACAUGAGUUUGCGCACAAUGUCCGGCUUUUGGAGGAUAUGGACUGGCUCCGGACCUUGGAGCUUCCUCAGGGCCUGAGAGCUUGAUUACAGAUUUCUCUAUUUUCUUGACGCUUUAUUUAACCAUGUCACACUUCAUAUUUUACCAUUCUUUUCGUUUGAUGAUGAUGUAAUGAGCUAAAACAGACUUCUCAUCGCUGAUUUGCUUUUGUAAUAAUACACACAACUUAUUAAGGGCCUGUUUGUUA